UUGCGCGCCGGGGCAGUGGAAUCAAACAACGUAUCCUUUUCUCAGCUCACGCUUACCGGCAAUAUCAUCGAUUUUAUGAGCAUCCCGCUGUACUUGGAAGCCGAAUGGGGUAGCGGUGGCAAGAGCUAUAGCAGGCUCUUCACCUUCACCAACGAUAUCACCUUUGGUGCAAUGAAUGACAGCCAGAGAGAUAUGUAUGCCGAUGACCACCCGCACAAGGACGAGAUUGACCCUCAUACAGCGGCUACCCCUAGUGGUCAGCCGCCCAGCAUCGAGACCAGCGUGCCCCCAAGCGGCGAGCAGCCAGUGGGGCAGGCCUCUAUACCCGCCCCCAGCGGCCUCUCAUCGGCUGCCGUGAUUGGCAUAGCCGUCGGCUGCGGCGUCGCCGGUCUGGGUGCCAUCUUUGCGCUCGUCUGGUUCCUGUUGCGCCGACGCCGGCAACAGAAGGAUUUGCUCCCCGUGGGCUCAUACCGCUCCGACAACCGCGCCGAGGAUCUCAUGGCCGAAAAGGAGGGCAACGCCGACGUGUCGCCGCACUCCCCAUACUCCGACGACGGGAUUACCGGCGUUGCCGGUGCUGGUGUCAAUACCACGUACCAGGAUGGCCUUGCGCAUGUAGAUGGGCCGGAGGCGGUAGCGGCCGGAUCAGCAGCAGCACCGCAUCGCUCACAUCUGCAGGACCAACCACGGUCCUUAACCCCGUACUCGGACCGUUUGAGCGGUGGCGGCGGAAUUGUCGUGGGAACGCCCAGCACGCGUGCGGCUUCAGUCGCCCACACAGAUGAGGCGCGCGUCAGCAAACCGAGCCCUACCCCCGGUAGGGCUACGCCGCGCGCGUUGACGACACCAUACGCGCAUCUGAUCGAGGAGGGCAUGACCGAAGAGGAGAUUCGGCGGCUUGAAGAGGAGGAGCGGCAGCUGGAUGCUGCCAUUGAGCAAGCAGGGAGACGUUGAGUCGUCUGUUUUGGGGGUCCCUGUGCUGAAAAGGGCGUUAUAUGCUUUUAUAAUCGUUUCCCCCUCCAUAUCUAUCAGCAUCACGGAUUAUUCAAGCGCCCCUUGGAAACGACCGCGGAGAUCAUCUCGGUUCAUGGCGUUGGGAAGCGGAUACCGCACAUAGCAUUGGGCCGUCAUUCGUUCCACAGGAUAACACGUUGCAUAACAUAACACAUCUACCUCUUUGCCGAUAGUUGGUAAGCCGGCCAGUAGGCACUGUGUAAUGGUAAGUGAUCAAAUUGGCGAAACAUAUAGAUGUGACCUCCGUACCCAAAC